AUGGUCCGCCUUCUCGCUCUCGCCGGCUCCGCCGCGGCCUUCAUGGCCCCGCGCCCCAUGGUCGCGCCCGUCACGUCGCCGGCGGCGUCGCUCGCGGCGUCGAAGCAGGAGCCCCACGGCGGCAAGCUCGUGAACCUCUUCACGGAGGACAUCGAGUCCGAGGUGGCGUCGUGCUCCAUGGAGCUCCAGCUCACGGACCGCCAGUCGUGCGACGUCGAGCUGCUCUGCAACGGCGGCUUCAGCCCGCUCGAGGGCUUCAUGGACGAGGCGACCUACGGCUCCGUCGUCAACUCCAUGGAGCUGCCUUCCGGCCUCAUGUUCUCGCUGCCCGUCGUCUUCGACACGGACGACGAGGCCGUCGCCGUCGGCGCGAAGAUCCUCCUGAAGCAGGGCAACUUGCCGGUCGCGACGAUGGAGGUCACGUCCAAGUUCGCGCCGGACAAGCCCCUCGAGUGCAAGAACUGCUACGGCACGUCGAGCCUCGAGCACCCGGGCACGCAGAUGGUCGCCAUGGAGCGCGGCAAGUACUACCUCGGCGGCAAGCUCGUCGGCCUCAACAAGCCCGUGCGCGAGUUCCCGUGCGAGACGCCCGCGGAGGUGCGCGAGCGCUUGCCCGACGGCGUCGACAUCGUCGCCUUCCAGUGCCGCAACCCCGUGCACCGCGCCCACUACGAGCUCUUCACGCGCGCGCUCGACGCGCCGAACGUUGAGGGCGACGGCGUCGUGCUCGUGCACCCGACGUGCGGCCCGACGCAGCCCGGCGACAUCCCCGGCGACGUGCGCUACAAGACCUACGAGGUGCUCAAGGAGGAGACGGCGAACCCGCGCACCUUCUGGGCCUACCUCCCCUACUCCAUGCACAUGGCGGGCCCGCGCGAGGCGAUCCACCACAUGAUGAUCCGCAAGAACUUCGGGUGCACGCACUUCAUCAUCGGCCGCGACAUGGCGGGCUGCAAGUCGUCCAUCGACGAGGAGGACUUCUACGGCGCCUACGACGCCCAGGACUUUGCGCUCGAGAACGGGCCCAAGAUGGGCAUGCAGGCCGUGCCCUCGCUCAACCUCGUCUACUCGGAGGAGAAGGGCUACGUCACGGCCGAGGAGGCCAAGGAGGAGAACCUCACGGCCCUCAAGCUCUCCGGCACCAAGUUCCGCAAGAUGCUCCGCGGCGGCGAGGACAUCCCCGAGUGGUUCGCCUUCAAGCGCACGCGGACGCCCGCGUCGAUGAUCCGCUUCCCGAACGCGCGCGCGGUGGCCUCGUCCGGCGGCGCGAAGCCGUGGAUCUCCGCCGUGACGUUCCGGCACAAGACCGCGGGCGUGCGGGACAAGCUCUUCGCGCGGCUCGGCUUCUUCCGGAGCCGGUCCAAGGGCCACACGACCCACGACAGCAUGUGCCACAGCGCCUGCGAGUUCACGCGCGCCGACGACGAGGGGUUCAGCCACGAGACCUUCAUCACGGUCGAGAAGAUCCGCCACGACGCGGAGCUGCAACGCCAGGGCCUGGCCACGGCCAAGUGCGUCAUGGACCCCGCGCGGCUCGUCAUGCACGAGCGCAAGUCCGCGCACCGGUCGGAGUCGCUCGUCCGCGGGCUCUCGCGCGGCGGCGGCGCGAGCCCCCGGAAGAGCACGCGCGAGCUCCUGUCCGAGCAGCGGCGCGAGCGCGCCGCCGUCGCGCGGAGCGAGGAGACGUCCGUGCGGCUCCAGCUCGUCUUCGACGGCAUCGCGGCGAGCGGGACGCACGUCUGGCACCUGGGGGAGGCGCUCCAGCUCGAGGAGGACGACGUCCACCUCGUCAGCGACGGCUUCCACCUGCGGGACGUCGUCGACGCCGCGAAGAAGGGCGACCUCCGCACGCGCCGCGGCUGGAUCGCGCGCGUGCUCCGCGCGAGGACCGCCGCGCAGCACGCGAUCCGCAACGCGGUCGGCACCGACCACGAGAUCCACGGCGUGGACCUGCAGAACUGCAUCAUGAUGAGCGACGUCAUGGCGUCCUUCGGCAUCAAGGGCAUCGGCGCGACGCUCCACGAGGUCGAGGUGCUCUGGGAGGGCAUGCUCCACGAUUUGGGGCUGCCGAAGCACCACCCGAUCCUCACGUUCACGAACUUCUACCGCUGGCAGGUCAAGCGCAGCCGCCAGCUCCUCGACCCCCAGUCGAAGCUCCUGCUCGUCCACGUGCUCGAGCGCGACGCCUUCGUCGACGAGUUCCGCUACUGGGACCCCAUGAUGGACCGGCUCGUGGAGCUCCUCGACACGGCCGCGGAGCGGCGCUACUUCAAGCAGCAGCGCGGCGGCGUCGCCGCGGCGCCCGCGGCCGCGCUCGCGGGCUGCGGCUGCGGCGGCGGGCUCCGCCUCGAGUCGAGCCACCACCCGCGGUCCGACUUCGUCGUCGCCUGGGAGAAGAAGGACCAGGGCUUCUCCUGCGUCUAG